GGGCAGAGGAAGUAGCAUCAGAUCAGCUGAUUGUGGUGGCUUCUAAGAGAAGUCGAAAGGGGCGUGUUCCAGUCCGAUUACUGAAGGAACGGAGAGCAGAGGCUGAAACGGGUGCACGGAGUCAGCUGUCUAUGAUCAAGUACCGGAUACUGCGCUAUCUUGGAUCUCUGGGUGGCCAGAUAAAUCACAAUCUCCUGGCCCACACAGAAGAAGAAAUCAGCCAAGAAGCCAUUGCUUGGGAUACACAAAAACAUCUCAGAUUUGAUGUCCCUUUCUUUGAUAUGAAACCUGUCAUUUACUUUGAUCCUUUCCUACCUCAAGUUGUGAAAUUAGCUCAACAGUCCAGUGACAGGCAGACCAAAGUUGCAGCAUGUGAACUUCUCCAUUCCCUGGUGCUGUAUGCUCUUGGGCGUGGAGCACAGAUGCCUGGAGAAACUCAGAAGAAGCACCCAAUGGAGCAGCUGUAUCGCAGAUUGUUUCCUUCACUGCUGGCUUUGGCCUGUGAUAUAGAACAA